AAUCCCCUGGGUUCUAUCCAUCCAGCUCUUCCUCUCUCCACCCCCAAUUAGUUUCAAGCAUGUCUAGGCGUUGAAAUUAUUACUUUCAACUAAUUACUACGUUUUAUGUGGAGUAAAGGAACAAGUGAAAAUGAAAGAAGGAACAAUGAUAAGGAAAGAACUUCAUAUUAGGCCGGUUCUAGCUCAGAGAAAAAUGGUUGGCGCCGGUUUUUCCUGGCCAACUUUAGUGCUUGACCCAGUGAUUGCUAGUAUUACAAUUUCCAAGUUUACAUGGAUAGAAGAUUUUCCGGUCGGCAGCAGGAGCCCCACAAAAGAUCCUUCUUUUGAUUCUUUUCAUAAUAACCGACAUAUUGCACAGGAAUUGCCUGCACUAGCUGAAUGGAAAUCACCUGCCCCUAUCCGUAUCCCCAUCGGAUCGAGGGCUUUCCUUCCUGCAACUUCUGAAAUCACCAACGAUCCAGUGGUUUUGCAACUCAUUCGGGUAGGAGAAUGAGUCACCAGCAAUUCGAAAGCCUCUUUUUCCUGUUUCUUUUGCAGUGAACUCCAUUGCCAACGUUGUGAAUUUCAUAGAAGAUCAGAAGAAAGUGAAAAACGAAAAAAGAUUAAAUCCACCCUCUCUUCAUUAGUUGGAAUUGAAGAAGAAGAUGAUAACGAUGACGACUAUGCUUAGGCUUUCUUUUUGCAACUGAUUUUUGGGGUUUGAGUUCAUUUUCGGAUCAUUGAAGCCUAGAGAUGACCUGAUAGACAAAACUUUAAUUAAAAGCUUCAUAAAUGUAUAGCUGGGAGGUUCAGUUAUAAAUUCAAUGUCCAUGACAAUGUAUUUUACUUUUGUAUUUUGUAUAUUUAGUAGAGGAAAAGUUCGAGAACUUAGGCUGAUGCUGGAAGAGCAAGUAUAACCAAGAAACUAAACCUAGACCCUUGGCAUGAAAAGAGAAAAGGGGCACCGAUGGGGGCACCAAUAGGGGGCAGGAGAUUUCUGUUCAGCACUAGCUAGCUUGACACGCAACUAUGGUUUAACUUUAAAACAGUAGACCAACAACAACAGCAACUAAAAGAGAAAAAAACAAUGCAUUGCAGUGGAAAAAAAAUACAUGGUAUUUCAACCAUCUAAUGUUGAGCAAGCCGUCCUCCUCAAGUCAAAGAAGGUAUGCAGUGAUUCUUUGAAAUUUCAAGAAUGGCAGAGGAUUGAUCAUCAUCAGGCUUGAAACUUUGAGGGGCACAAGAAACCGUGGAGGACACUUGGACUUUCCACUUCAUGUUUUUUGAACAAAAAAGCAAGUUGGUCUCGAUUCUGAUGCCUCUUUUUACAUGUUAGUCUCUUCUAUGUCUCUGUUUAUGGCCAUUCCUCAGUCACUACAGAAGAAUUGAACUUGGAAGCAAUAAAUAUACUACAA